AUGAUUCCUUCGUUUUAUAGACUACGUGGUUUGGUGCUCGAUUUUGUUUCAAGUGAAAGAGAUCUUGGACAAUUUAAGAAGGAGAUAGAGUUGGUCCCACCAGCUGCUAUGUUCUACAUAAAUUUUAAGCUUGACAGAAGCAUGUGUCCAGAUCUUGAAGACUUUGGUUUGUCUAAAUACAAACAAGAUCUUAAGCAAGUCACACCAGAAGGAAUAUUUUUACAAGGGGGAGAUGGAAGCCAAUGCAUACUAGUUUUAUAUGCCAAUGUUUAUGGAUCUUCGGGAUCCCUUGGAAGGGAGGAUCCUAUUAUCAACUCUUGUCAUCAGGGAUCGGAGGUGGUUUACGCACCUUGUCUCCAGGAGAGUUCACUUCAGGAUUGGAUUGCUGUGGAGGUUUCGCGGGUCGUGCACGAGGAGUUACCCAACAUUAUUGAGCGUGUUACUGGCAGGGUAACCGCUAGGUUUCAGGAUCAGACAGCGACUCUGCAGGCCGUUGGUAGGGUAGUCGGGGUAAAUCGGAAGCAAGAGAUUGGGUUAGAUGUGCACCUUGGAAAGAGGUGUGGGUGGAAAGGUCACAAGCGUCAAGAAUGCACGUUGGAGGAAGAGUUGUGUCAUCGUUGUCAUCAGCCUGGACACAUCAAAGCGAAUUGCCCCCGUAUAAGGGUUAAGGCAGCUCCGGUUUCAUUGCAGAUACUCCGACUGGGAGGGAUAGUUCAAGUUCCGUCUCCCAUGGUUCCGCAGGAAGUUAAGAUUGAGGCGCAAUAG